CGUCGCGACGCGCUUUCAGUCGCGGUUCGAUUCCACACAUACCAACAAACUCGGCCCUGCCCCAACCCAUUUGCUUGUGCUUUGCUAUCAAUCCUUGAACCCCUCCUCCUCCUUCUAUGAUACAGAGGGCUGUCCGGUCAGGUGCUCAUUUCGGAAUUGGAAUUGGUGUCGGCAUUUUCGCUCACUCUUCCCCCUUUCCCAUCUACCAUCUAUGCCUGGUUAUGAUCUGGACCGAGAGUUAUCGCCCGUAAUUAGCUCGCAACGCCGUCAUGCCCCUCCAGAAAUCUUUUUCAGAGCAAAACGGCUCUUCGAGAAAUCGUCAACAUUGGAACAAAGCUAGAAGCCGCUCCGCCUGUUCCAACUCGGCCCAGGCCAAUGGCAAAGAAACGAGACAGCACACCGAUGAUGAGGGCUGCAUCGAAGACGAGAAACUAGACGCCAAGCCGGAUCGGAGGGGAGCGACUUGGUCGCCCACUCCCGAGAAGACACCUACACCCAUGAGUCGGCUGUCAUGGCAGGAUCUCGUCGGAAUACCCGAGAGUAAAGAGCAAGAGGGGGUCGGGGAAGCUAGCCCCAACGAGAAGAUUGGGUGGGAUGCGAGAGAGGAUAUAAGGAACGGCCUGAAGUUGUCUCCGGUGAUGCCGCGCAAGAGAGGGAAAAAGAGAGCACGCAGCUCGUCUCCCGUAUCGUCGCCUGCAUCUAAUUCGAAAACGCGCCCGCCUACGGUAAACGUCGAGAAGCUAUCGAGAGCCCUCAAAUCCCCCCACGCCGACCCUGCCCUCGAACUGUGGGAUCGGUUCUCUCUCAGUGGGUCCAUUUCCGCUGCGUCAGGAGGCGCUGCCAGUCCCUCGCUCGCCCAAAUCAUGAUCUCGUCUUCGCCCCAGCCCGCGAGAUCGCUCGGCGAGAGUGGACUCCGAAGGGCCAUCAGCUGCGGGGAAAAUUGGCCGAAACGUCGACGGAUGGAUCGGGUCGAGGCUGUUAAGCAGGUCGAAGUCGCCAUCGACAAGAUCCCAAGCGGUCAUUCCAAAUCGUCUAUGGUAAACGAUUUGCUGCAGAGCGUAACCGGGGAGAUCAACAAGUCCAUGGUGCUCAAAGCACGCCAGGCGGCCUCGCCAAAGAAGAAGCAGUCUACGGCCCCAGAGCCUCGCUCACCUACUCGACAAGUAUCUCCCCUGAAGCUCCAGACCCCGCCGUCUACUAAGAAGAUGGCGCAAGAAAUGGUCGGAAAGAGGCUAGAGACGACGUCGGAUGCCGCAUCAGACUACGGGGACGACGAUUUUGACGACGAUGAACUAAUGGGAUUAGACGUCACUAUCUAUGAACCACGGAAAGAAUGCGAACAACUGCCGCCGCUACCAACGGAUACCGGCCAAGUUGCUGAUCGGCAGCGAGUCAGCCAAGAGAAUGAACUAUCUGACGACGAGUUUGCCGAUAUAGACGACGAGGUAUUUGCUGCCGCCGAAGACUUGAUUGCCCGGAUCGACUCGAAUCGUCCUCCAAAAAACGCCCAUGCGCCGCUCCAACCUAGCAUUGACGCGCAGAGGAGGCCCGCCGCCGUGGCCGAUAAUCUUGCUGAGGACCUAUACGGGGAUGACUUUGGGGGCGACUUUGAUUUUGAAGCGGCCGAGAUAGCCGCCACGCAGUCCAUCUCCUUGAAGAAGACGAGCGGGCCCUUGUCUCCUGUACGUAGGUGACGGUUGAGGAGCGAGUUGGAAGUAGUUGCUAAGACUGUCAGUAGCCAGUUAACAAACCCAAGACAAUUCAGAGAUAUCUUGUGACUA